CUCGAUGAAGUCCGCAUCAGACUAGAUGAACUUGACUCUUCUACGGAUAAAGCUACUAAAGCUUCUUCUACGGCCGCCUCUGAUGCCAUCAAAGCUUUAUCCAAGGCAGAUGAACUAACAUCUCGCACCUUAGCACUAUCUUCUUCCCUAGAUGAAGCAUUUUACACAAUUCGGUCACAAGAGAACUCUAUCCGGUUGCUGCAAGAGACAUUGAAUUCGGUGCAACUAGAUGUUUCCAGCGAACUUUCCAAUAUUGAAUCAAUUUCAAAAAGAAUCACUAGCUUUGAAACUCUCCUUCUUGCAAGCGAAAAUAAUCUUUCGAAUUUGCAGGCGAAACAUUUUCUUCUAUCAAAUAGCAUGUCUAAGCAUGAAGGUGACUUUUCCUCGUUGCAAUCAAUGCUUGAAAAAAUAGAAAAUGUCUCCUAG